UCCCCGAGCUAACGGCCGGCUUAAUUCCAACCAAAAGCACGACAAUCUCCGCAUCUUUCAUUGCAGCUUACGUAGAAUGAACGUCGAUGCAUUGAUCUCACCACCUUAGAAUUACGUAGCGUGUCUCGGCAGAACGAUUUUGAAUUACGUAGCGUAUCUCGGCAGAACGAUUUUGAGACAAAUUUUGCCGCUUUCGGAGUGGUAUUGCAAGAGCACGGGCCAACCCUAACCUAUCGCGGCAUCGUCGUGGUCCGCGUAGGGUUGCGAGAGACCUAGGUCGCGCGCGGUCGCGGAGAUUGGGAGGAGGAAGGGAGAUCGGCAUUGUAGAUGAGUGAGGAGGAAGGCGCGGGUGGAGGCGUUCGGGGUGGGGAGCAAUCCGGAGUGGUCUUGGUUUAGGUUUGCGGGGGAUUUUUUUGACUUUUGCGUGUUGUGGCGAGAGGGGGAGCGAGAGAGGGGAAUUGGAAGUAGGCAGCCAUGCCCUAUGUCCCUCCACAUCUGAGGGCGGGAGCCGCCCCAGCAGCAGCAGCACCGGCUUCUAGCGGUGGCGCAGCAGCACGCAGAGACGGAGGUCGAGACUCGUAUGGCGGUAGCUUUGGAGCGAGCGCGGGUGCCAGGAGAUCAGCGUCGGAGGGGUUUUCUGGGAACGGGAGCAGCGGCUAUGGCAACGGAUAUGGAUCAUAUGGUCGGGAGAGCACGGGGGGGAGCAGAGAGGGGAGCGCAGCGCGCGGGGUAGGGCACCCCGAGGUGGUGUGGCCGGACUGGAAGCCGUCGGAGCGCGUGCGGAAGCUGUUGCCCGAGCAGAUUGCAGAGGUGAGGGCCAGGCUCAAUGUGGACGUGGAGAUUACGCCCGACACAGAGCCGGCGCCGGCUCCCAUCGAGUCGUUUGAGGACAUGUGCCUGCAUUUGAGCAUCAUGAAGGACGUGACGUUCCACAAUUACACAACGCCGACGCCCAUCCAGGCGCAGGCUUUGCCGGUGGCAUUGUCUGGGAGGGACCUGCUGGGAUGCGCAGAGACGGGGUCGGGGAAGACCGCCGCGUUCUCGCUGCCUAUGAUCCAGCAUUGUCUGGCGCAGCCGCCGAUUCGCAGAGGGGAUGGCCCGUUGGCACUGGUGUUAGCGCCCACGAGGGAGCUGGCGCAGCAGAUUGAGAAGGAGGUGAAGGCGUUCAGCCGGUCGGCGGAGGGGUUCAAGACGUCGAUCGUGGUGGGAGGGACGAACAUUUACGAGCAGAGGUCGGAGCUGCGGGCCGGCGUGGAGAUAGUGGUGGCCACUCCUGGUAGGUUCAUCGAUCACUUGCAGCAGGGGAACAGUUCUCUGUCGAGGGUGUCGUACGUGGUGUUGGACGAGGCGGACAGGAUGCUGGACAUGGGUUUCGAGCCUCAGAUCAGGGAGGUGAUGAGAAGCCUUCCGAAGAAGCACCAAACCCUACUUUUCAGCGCGACAAUGCCGGAGGAGAUCGAGGCUCUGGCGCAGGAGUACCUGAACAAACCGGUGCGGGUGAAGGUGGGAAGAGUGAGCAGCCCGACGGCGAACGUGACGCAGAACCUGGAGAAGAUCACGGAGAAGGAGAAGAUAGACAGCUUGCUGGCUCUGCUGGUGGACGAGCAUUCGCAGUCGUUGGAUUCCAAUCAACCACCGCCACUGACGAUCGUGUUCGUGGAGCGGAAGGCACGCUGCGACGAGGUGACGGAUGCGUUGGUGGAGCAAGGGCUGAAGGCGACGGCGCUGCACGGAGGGAGGAGCCAGAGCGAGAGAGAGGCGGCACUGAGGGACUUCCGGAAAGGCACCACGAACAUCCUGGUGGCGACGGAUGUGGCUUCGCGAGGGUUGGACGUGACAGGUGUGGCACACGUGAUCAACUUGGACCUGCCGAAGACCAUGGAGGAUUACGUUCAUCGGAUCGGGCGAACGGGUCGUGCAGGGGCCUCGGGACGAGCGACGUCCUUUUACACGGAGCGAGACGUGUUCCUUGUUGCUCAAAUCCGAAGGGCAAUCACGGAAGCGGAAUCCGGGAAUACCAUGGCGUUCGCUACAGGCAAAGCUGCGAGGCGGAAGGAGAGAGAGCAAGCGGCGGCGUUCAGAGAAGGGAGGAUGACUCCUCUGGGAGUGGCUCAAGUUGGUGCGACGACAGUUCGCGUGGACGAUAAGUACAAGCACAUGCUUUCUGCUACGGCAGAUCCGAAGAAGGGCGAAGGGGCAGCGGACGACGCAUGGGAAGACUAGCGAUGAGAGAUGGCGGGCAGGUUUUGCUCUCGUCACAGCCAUUGCCGGUGAUUAGCAAGGACGUUGAAAUAUUUUUUGCUGGCACGUUGAGAUCCGAAAGCAGGUGGGCGUCAUUCCCACCGUUGUUUCAACAGCUCGAGUCCCAGGGGACUCGAGCGGAAUGUCCUUAAGCUGCCAUGGGACUGAUAGUAAGCAAGACUACAGCCCUGAGCAAGUGAGAAAUGAAUGAAAAGCAUCGUCGCGUGCGUUCAAUGCGGUGUC